AUGCGCUGGCGCGAUGCCGCGGGCGAGCCCGCCGGGCACGGGAACGAGGGAGUCUCGUCGGCGUCGGACGACUCGCAGGACUGCCUGCUGCAUGGCGCCCCGCGCCCGAGCAGCAGAGGCCGCUGCUGUGGUUGCGCCCAGCGGCGCGCACUGCUCGUGGCCGCUGCGGCCUCGGCGGCGGUUGUGGCCCUCGGCGCGGGCAUCGCGGGUGCGCCUCGCGGCGGCACCGCGGCGUCGCCGCCGGCGCGAGCGCCGGCGCUCGCGCGCGCGGGAGCCGAGGUCGGACGUCGCCAGGGCAGCAGCUGCGGCCACGCCAGCGGCAAGGGCCCCUGCUGCGUCGACAGCGACAGGCUCCUCGACAGCGACCGCGACUACCUCGUCGCCGACGACGGCGUGUGGCGGGCAGGAGGCAGCGGCCACUUCGACGCCGAGAUGGGGAACUGCAUCCGGCGCGAGGAGAAUUACUCCGCGCCCUGUGCGCGGUGUUUCGGGGAGUUGGACAAACGGCAGCUUCGGGAGUCAAUGAUCGCCCAGCUCAACUCAAAGUUCAUUCAGGGAUUGUGCAAGAUGCCGGACUCGUUGACCACGGAGUGCGAUGACUGGGCUUGGAAACAGAGGUCCGACGCGGGCGCGGAUCACAGCGGUGCCAAGGUAGUCGGACAAGUUGACGACAACCAGUAUUGGCAACAAGAUUGGGGCGAUGGAGCGCGCUGCGACGACCGGGGAUGCUGGUGGAACAGCGAAGCCGAGUGGGGCGGGGAGGUGGGCGGGGCUUCCCGCGAGGAGGCGGCGCGGGCAAAUGCGGCGAAGGUGGGUGCGCGCCAUUGGCAGCGCGAGGCCGGCGCAAGCGGGGGGAAAGUCGGGCGGCGGGCGGCCAGCGCUCCGACGCCCCGCCCGGUGGCCUGCCCGAACGGCCUUGCCGACGCCGUUCCCGACUGCGUGCCCGACGCGCGCGGGCGGGGCUGCGCGUUCGCAGGUGCCCGCGCCUAUGCGAUCAACGUUCUGCUUUGCGCCGACAGGUGCGCUGGCGCGCCGGUCGCCGCUCUCGGCGACGUUGCGCCGCGCCUGCGUGGCGUCCCGCCGCCCUUCUGCCAGCUCUGGGAGCCGCGGUGCGCGCUUCCCGCGGUUGCCCAGCGGGCCCCCUUCGAGCGCGGCCUAGAGGCCGCCAUCUGGCGGCCUGGAAACGAUUUGGUUCCCCGCGCUCCGAGCCAGUGCGGGCCUUCCACCGCGCUCUUCUCGAACCGCAAGGACAGGCUGCACUGGGUCUGGGAAUGCGCCCCGGAGCUUCCUGUCCGAGAUGAGUCGCGAUUUCAUGCGCUAUCAGGCUGUAAGCCGGCAGUCGUGGGCGAGCGCGCAGGUGCAACGCGGGCGCGGAACCGCGGCCCCGACGCGUUGUGCGUCAGAGAGGCCCGCGAGACUGCCCGCGCCGUGCGCGGCGUGAGCGCUGCUUCGGCGAGCUCGGGGCGCAAGGGGCCUGGGCCCCGCGCUCCGACGUCUCGGCGGCUUCGGCUAGCGUGGGGCGGCCAAGUGCUGUCGCCCCCGCAGUCGCUGAUAGGCUUCUGCGCCGACCCCGUAUCCGCCAUCGCAGGCCGCUGCUGCCGCGGGCGCCCAGUGGCAGGCCAGCGCCUGUCCAACGACGCGAUGUCCAUGGCUCCGCCCGCGCCGUCGACUCCGCUCGAUGUGCCCGAGUCAUCGGAGCAGAAAAUUGAUCAAUCGGAGUAUGGCAUCCAUGGCUGUUUCCGACACCGUGGAACUAGGCAGUUCGCCGUCAUCCUCUGCGCGCGCGUCGCCGCAAACGCUGGCUGUGAGUUCUGGCUCGGCUGCCAGGGCGCCGUCGCGGCGCGCGAAAGCAGCGCCAAGUCUGCGGCCGAUGCGCCUGCGACUGGCUUCAACGGCACGCGGAUCGCGGCCUCUGCGUCGAAGACGCCGCUGGGCAAUGGGGCCGCGUCUGAGCCGCAGCCGCGCGGCUCCUCGGCCGGAAGGGCCGGGGGCGCGGCCAUGGCCGGGGCGGGGGCGGGCCGCGCGCCGCCGCUCGGCACGACCCCAGCCAGGUCGCCCGCGCCAUCCACGCGCGCGGCCGCGGCCGGCGCGCGGCCGCUCCCGGCGGACCGGGCGGCGGAGGCCAGCCCCGCGGGCAGAAGCGCCCCGCCGCUGCCGCCCUUCCGGGGCUGCGAGGUCGCUCGCGCGGGGGCUGCUGCCACGGCCGCGGCCCCGCCGAGGGGGCCGUGGACGCGCGACCCGCCGCUCACGACGCCGGGCGCGGGACGGGCGGACUCUGGGCCGCCCGCGGCGCGGGGCCCCGUGGCUGCGCGGCCCACCCGCGGCGCCGAGCCCACUGCGCCCCUCGCGGAGAGGCCCGCGGCGAGGCCGAGGCCCUCCGAGGCGGGCGGGCCCCCCGCCGCCGCCGCUGCCGGCGGGGCGCCGCGGGGCCCGCACGGACCGCCCGCCGCCGCCGCGGCCUGCGGCUGGCGAGGUGACGGCCGCAGCCCGCACGGCGCCGCGGGGGCGGCCGUUCACGGGCCCUCCGCGGCGGGCGGUCCGCGGUACGGCAGCCACAGUCCGCACGAGGGCCACAGGGGGCCCGCCGGGCCCCACCCCUCGCCCGGGCCGAGAGCUCCCCGGGAGCCCUGGGACGCGCACGGCUUCAUCCAGCGUUGGAGCCAGGCGCUCGCCGGAGUCGACUUCGGGAGGGAGUCGCGCGUGCUGCUCAGGUCCGUCGCGGAGCACAACUACGUGAUCCGCGACGCAUUCCCGGCGCCGAGGACGGAGCUCGUCUCUCACCUGGAGUGCGCCAGCGCCUGGAGGCAGAGGGCGGGCACCGAGGCGUCGAGGACGCCGAGGGUCUCCUACUGCGGCUCGACCACGGCGGACGCCGCCCUGCGCCUUGCGGGCGGGGCGGGCGUCCGCUCGAGGGUGUGCCUGCUGAACUUUGCGAACGGGGCGCAGGUGGGCGGGGGCUACAAGAGCGGGGCCCAGGCGCAGGAGGAGGACCUCUGCCGGCGCGUCCCAGGCUUGUACACGACGCUGUACAGGGCGGCCCACUUCGAUGGCCUCUACCCCUUCGGGCCGGCGACCGCGGCUUCCGCCGCGGAGCCGCACAAGUAUUCGGACGUGCUGUGGACGCCGGGCCUGGCGAUUGGCAGGCGUGGUCAGCAAUCCGGCUUCGCGCUGCUCGGCGAGGAGGAUCAGAUGGAGGUCUCGGUCGUCUCUGCAGCUGCCCCGAACAUCCGGUUCGCAAGCCCCCCGGAAAUCAGUGACCGAGAGUUGAUCUACAAUACUGGGUACGGUGAAGACCAUCUUCAUUGCUCCACAGUUGAUGCAGCCGGAGACCACCACGCUCGUCCUUGGAGCAUGGGGCUGCGGAGCGUUCGGCAAUGACCCGCGCGAGAUCAGCGCACUGUUCCGCCGGGCUCUGCAGGACGGCUUUGGCUGCUUGUACGAACAGAUCCACUUCGCCAUUCCGCGGAGGGGUUCUGGUGCAAAGGCGCACGAGCUGGACAGCGCGACCGUCUUCCUCCAGGAGCUCAGGAGCAGCGGCAUUACAGUCGAAGAGACGGAAGCGCCGUAGUCAUUUCAAGAUCUCUCAUUGAAUGUUUGUGAGCUUCAUCGUUCUCCUCCUUCCUGCUGCUGUACCUCCUAGUUGCCGUUAUGGCCGCAGGGCUGCCAGUGAAGGUAGCACAGUUCUGACUGCCCAGCUCGGCGGGUCAGAGCGGCCAGUGCAGUGCUGCCAUUUUCCUCCUUACUCUCCUCCUGCUGCUCCUACGCUGCUGCUGCUGCUCCGCCUGCCUUCCGCUCCCCCUCCGAGGGACCGGGCGCCGCGCCUCUCCGCGCGGCGGCACGGCCUCCUCGGCGCGGCGGCGGAAGACCGCCCGCGGCGGCGCGCGCCCGACGGCAGGCCGAGCUCGAGCCGCGCCAGCGUCCUCUCGGGGGCAGGGUGCUUCCCCUUCGAACGUGGCCCCUCAUCCCCCCGGCGACGCGGAUGCGUGGCUGCAAACGGCCGGCGGGCCGGGCCGCUCAGAAGCCUGGCCGUGCCCGCCUCGAGCACAGGGGGCCGGCCUGCAGUGCUGCAGCGCUGCGGUCUGGGGUUUCCGACAACUUGUGAUUUCUUUGGUAGCGGCGUUUCGCCUCAGUUUCGGACUC